AUGAGCAGGCCUCUCCUCCUCCUCUCGUUCCUCCUCCCUCUGCUCGCCCUUGCUCAGGACUCCUCCUCGGGCAGCGAGCUUCCUCCUCCCGGCUACAACGGCGGUAGCGACAACCCGCAAGACCCCAGCGAUGCUGGCGCCGCGGGAACACAGAAGGGUGCUUUCUCGCUCUCGGGAGGUGCUAUCGCAGCGAUCAUUGUGGUCGCCGUCCUAGUCGUGCUCGGAUCCAUCGCAUCGGGUGUACUCUGGUGGCUCGCGAAGAAGCGCCAGUGGGACGUUCGCGCAUCCAUUCGCCGUGCGUCUCGUCGCUUUACCGGCCGCGCGAACAACGACGCCGGCAAGCAGAACCGCGAAAACCGAAGGACAGGCAUCAGACUCAACUCGCCGCCCCCGGGCAAGAACGCCAACAAAAUGCGCGAUAUCGAGAAGGGCCUCCCUCUGUCCAACAAGGCGCCACAAACUACAACUACCAUCACGAGCGUGAUGAGGUGA